UACUACCUCCGUCCCAGAGUAUUUGUCCACUUUCAUUUUUGCACACCAUCUAAUGCACUUCUUUAAUCCAUUUUAUCUUGUAAUUUGUAUAUUAAAAAAUUAUAGAAAUUAUAUAUUAAUAAUCUAUAUGUUAAGACAAAUCAAACAAGAUCACACAUGACUAUAUUUAGGCUUACACAUUGAGAGAAUUUGAUGAGUCAAAGUGCUUAGAUUAACAGUUUCAAAAGUCAAAAGUGGACAAAGAGAGUGGGACGGAGGGAGUAUAUGAUAAGAGUUAGUACUAGAGGAUUCUCACCUAUAUAAACACCCAUGUAUACAAUUAUUCAGUUGAGUUGGAUUACUAAAUCAACAUGGUAUCGGAGCACAAAGAUCCUAACCUCUCUCUUCCUUUCCUGCGCUAAUCACCGAAAAAAAAAUCGGCAGAGCCGAUCUCUCCACCGCCGAUCACGCCGUGCACAGCCAUGGCUUCUACCUCGUCUGAUCCUAUGGAUCGUCUUCCUACGGGUCUCAAGUUGUUUGUCCGGAAUCUCCAAUCCCUAACCCCGGUCAAGCUUGAUGACACCAAUUAUCCCUCUUGGUCGGCUACCGUCCGUGCAAAUCUCCUCGCUCAUCGUCUUCUCGGCUACGUGGAUGGGUCUGAGUCGUCUCCUCCGUCUUUUGUCCUUGAUGAAAAGGCUGCAGCACCCGGCAAGGAUCAACCGCCGGUCAUGAAACCAAAUCCGGCCUAUGAAUCCUGGAAUAUUAUUGAUGCUCAGAUUCGGGCCUGUCUCCUUGCUAUUGUCUCACCCACAGAGCGAUUACAUGGUGUUACAAAAGGGACCGAUUCGAUGCAAUCCUAUUUGGACACUGUUCUCACGAUUGUGUCGUCUCUCAAACUGGCUCAUGAAGAAAUUUCUGAACAAGAUGUUAUUCUCUGUGUUCUUCGUGGUCUACCGGCUGACUAUGCCUCCCUCAAGCAAAAUAUUCGCACCAAUAUUGCCACUGUCACGUUUAAUCAGGUCUCCUCUUGGUUGCUGUUCGAAGAAUUGAACUUAUCUUUUGAGAAGAAAUUAUCUCUGGGUGACUCCGGCUCUACUUCGUCCGUUGACAUUCAUAAUGCUCUUUUCACUAAUUCCGAACGAGGCAAUGGUAGAGGUCGUGGUCGAGGACCACCGCGAGGCCGAGGAGGGCCUUACCGCGGCAGUCAACCCGGCGGCAGAGGAGGACGGCAGCCGCAGUACCGUGACGACACCCGCGGCAGAGGAGGUGGCCGAGGGGUGUCCGUUACCUGCCAGUUGUGUGGGAAACCUAGCCAUGCGGUCUGGAAUUGUUGGCACCGCUACGACGAAUCAUACACUGGUCCACCGCAGGCAUAUUAUGCAAAUCAAUCCGCUGAGUCUGGUUCGAACUGGCACCUGGACACUGGCGCAAACACUCAUGUGACGUCUGAUCUAUCUCGACUGAAUUCUAUGUCACCAUAUCAUGGCACCAACUCCAUCACAACUGCGGGAGGUAACACAUAUCCUAUUGAUCAUACAGGCUCAGCUAGCCCACACAACGGGCAGUGGCAUCUCAAUCUCUUUUUAGCCGACUCAGCCCAAACCACAGAUGGGUAGCUCAUUUUUGCUAAACACACAUCCAAACAACCAGGAACAAUCAAACCCAGACCGGACCUGCUCCGAUACCAUGUAGAAAUUCCGGCGGGCCGAGAACAACGGAUAGAGUGUCGGGUAAAAUUAACCACUUGCAUAUAAAGUCGGGAUCCACAAUUCUAACCCAAAAGCUUAAGCUGAUAGGUAGGGCUUCACCCUUCAAUAUAUGCAAGUGAUACUC